AUGUUGAUAGCUUUGGGUUUAGACAACAGAAAAUAUUAUGAACAACAAUUUGAAAAUCUUUUUUUGCGUGAAACUGCAGAAUUUUAUCGCCGUUCAAGUCAAAAAUUUUUGGCAGAAAAUAGUGCUUGUGUUUAUAUUCACAAAGUUAAUGAAUGUUUGGUUGAAGAAGUUCAGAGAGCUGAACGUUAUUUGGAUAAGAUAACUGAAGCGAAAGUUAUUGAGGUUUUAAAUGACGAAUUAAUUGCUAAAAAUAUGGUUACUAUUGUUGAGAUGGAAAAUUCUGGUCUAAUUUAUAUGUUGCUUAAUGAACGAAUUCAAGAUUUGAGAUGUCUCUACAAACUUUUAAAACGAGUCCCGAAUGGAACAAAAACAAUGACUUCCACAAUGAGUAGAUAUUUGAGAGAUAAAGGAGCAGCAAUUGUUAGUCAAAAUACUGCACAACAACAGCAACAAGUUGAAGGAAGUGGGGAAAAUAUUGCUGGAGGUGGAGCUAAUCCUGUUAUGUUUAUUCAGAGUCUUAUCGAACUCAAGGAUCAAUUUGAUCGAUUUUUGCAAGAAGCUUUUAAUGAUGACAGAGAUUUUAAAAAUUGUAUACAAUCAGAUUUUGAACAUUUUUUGAAUAUUAGUCAAAAGGCGCCUGAAUUUUUGUCUUUAUAUAUUGAUGAUAAACUCAAAAAAGGACUUAGAUCGUUAAAUGAAGGGGAAGUUGAAGUUGUUUUGGAUAAAGCUUUAGUAUUAUUCCGCUUUUUACUUGAAAAAGAUGUCUUUGAAAAAUAUUACAAACAGCAUUUGGCUAAACGUCUUUUAUUACAAAAAAGUUUGUCAGAUGAUGCAGAGAAGUCAAUGAUCUCAAAAUUAAAAACUGAAUGUGGAUGCCAAUUUACUUCAAAAAUUGAGGGAAUGUUUAGAGAUAUGGAGCUUUCUAGCACUAUUAUGAAUGAUUAUAAAGAGAAGGAUUCGAUUGAUUUAACUGUUCGAGUACUCACAAGUGUAUUUUGGCCCAUUGAUAACCAAGUCGCAAUGUGUACUCUUCCACAAUCUGCUGAACAAGUUUUCCGUCAAUUUGAGCAAUUUUACCUUGGAAAACAUAAUGGAAGGAAAAUUACAUUAAAUCCAGGAUUGGGGCAUGCUGAUGUUAAGGCUAUAUUUUUUGUUAAUGGAGCGUCAAAAGGAGAUUUAAAUAGACGAAAUACGGCAGGAGGAGAUGAUGAUCUUGCAAGUCAACAGGAAAGCGAAGCGCCCGGAUCUUCUUCCUCAAUGUUAGUCUCUUCAAGCAACAAAAACCCUCCUCAUCCAGUAAUAAUUCGUCGUCGUGAAGAACAAAAAAUAUUGACAGUUACCACAUAUCAAAUGUGCCUACUUAUGCGCUUCAAUAUUAACGAGAAAAUGACUUUUGAGCUCAAACGUUGUCUUCAAUCCCUUGCUAUGGGGAAACAGUCACAACGAAUUUUAUGUCGCAAAGGUGGCGGAAAAGAUAUAGAAGCAAAUGAUGAGUUUAGUGUAAAUGAUGGUUUUACUUCAAAACUUACUCGUAUUAAAGUGCAAAUGGUUUCUGUUCGAAGCGAGACUGAACCUGAACGAAAGGAAACUCGAUCGAGGGUUGAUGAUGAUCGUAAACAUGAAAUUGAGGCAGCUAUUGUACGCGUAAUGAAGGCUAGGAAAAAAUUGCUUCAUAACGAUCUCGUGACUGAAGUUACCAAUCAACUUAAAACUCGUUUCAUGCCAGACCCAAUAUUAAUCAAAACUCGGGUUGAAUCUUUAAUUGAACGUGAAUAUUUGGAACGAGACAAAUACAAUAUAAAAAUGUAUAUUUAUCUCGCAUAA